CGCAGGCUCCUCAGUGAACGUAAAUUAGUUCAGUGUGAACCUCUCUCUCUGUCUCAUUCAGUCAAACCAGGAGUUUCCUCCGUGUCUCUCCUUCCUUGGAUCCUCCUUCAACUCUCAGGUGAACUUAAAGCAGGAUGUCUGAGUUCUGGUCUCUGCUCCUUGUGUUGAUCCUCAACAUGUGGACUCUCACCACAGCAGAUGAUGACAUCUCCUGCGUUUUAGCAGAGAUCUGCAUCUUACCCUGCAGUUUUCAGCCUGGUACAGACCCAGUCGUCCACUGGAUGAAGGUAGAAGCAGGASACAYYYRUGUCCACUCCUACUACAMAGCYGGAGACCAGUUWGCACACCAGAGCGAGCGCUUCAGAGGCCGGACAUCUCUGUUCAAAGAGCAGAUCUCCAGAGGAAACGCGUCGCUCAGGAUGACGGGGCUGCAGCUUCAGGACCAGGGCAGAUACAAGUGCUUCACCAGCACCUUCAGUGGAGCCAAGGAGUCAUUCAUCAACCUACACGUUUAUGCUCCAGUGCGUAACGUGGACAUUGAGCAGGUGAAGAACAAUAUCACCUGCCGCUCAGAGGGGAUCUCCCCCGAACCAAAGCUCUGCUGGUCCACCAGCCCUCCGUCCACCUUCCAGUACGUCACUGAAGUCCAGGGGGCUGAGCUGCAGCUCCACAACAUCAGCAGCACGCUGACACUCUCACACAGCAACGAUGAAUUCACUUUCACCUUCACCUGCACCGUCAGCAGUGGCACAUCCACCAGGAGAGCCACUUUGUUUAAAGAAGUUUCAGCUUCUAUGGAUGAGUUUGACGUUGAAACAACAAUCCACUGUGCCGCCUUCAACUCUUCCUUCUCCGCCCUCGUGUGGAAAUUCAACCACAGUCACAUCAUCGUGACUCGGGCUGCAGCUGACGGCUCCCCCGAGGUCUCAGAGGAGUGGAGGUCGCAGGUGAAGAGCGUGUCAAGGUCCGGCAGCCUCACGCUAAAGACGCCAACUGCAGAUCGAGAGGGAGUUUACACCUGUGAACUCAGUGUCGCAGAGGAAACUCUCGUAACCAACACUGUUCUCAAGAUAAACAAAGGGGCUUCACUCAGUAAUGGAGGAAUUGCUGCGAUAACCAUUGGUAUCAUAGUUUUACCCGAGUUGCUGUCAUAGUUGUUUUCCUGUGUCUUUGGAGAAAAGGUCAAUGCAGAAACAACAGAAGCAGCGACGGCGGAGCAGAGGAAACUGUCCAGAUGAAUCGUGUGCAAACCAACACGGACUCUUGAGGAUGUUCCCUCUGUGGUUCAAAGCUGUAGAAUAAUCCUCAUGAUGUUUUCACUCGUUCAUCUCAU